AUGUCGCUUUUUUAUCUCCCCACGGAGAUAAUUCUCAUGAUUGAGAGCUACCUGGACACCAAGAAAGACCUCAAUGCCCUAAUUCGGAGCAGCCCGCUGUUUACCCUCAUGUUUGAGGAAAAGCUCUACAAAACCAACACGGCGCACGAACACGAGUUUGUGGUCUCAUGGGCAGCCCAUAGAGGCCUCGAAGGCACCAUCCGCAAGUGCCUCAAGGCUGGCGCAAAGAUCACAGUGCGAGACCGAUUCAGGUCUCAUCUAAGAGCUCGCAAUGCCCCCGAGAUCAUGAAUGUCAUCCCACGACACCCGAAAUCACACCCUUUGACCUCAGCAGCCGGCAUUGGCUCGAUGUCUUGCGUUCGUCUUCUCCUUAAACAGGGUGUCAAUGCCAACUUGCUCGACGAACACUACGAAACCCCGAUGAGACAGGCCGCAGGAAAUGGCCACGUGAAGAUUGUCAAGUAUCUCCUUGACAAGCAGCCUGAUGCAUUCACGGGUGCUUUCAAGCUGCGACGUCCUCUCCAUAUUGCCGCAGCUCGCGGCCAUAUGGGCGUGCUCAAAGCCCUCUUCUCUUUCCUCGAAGAAUCUCCUCAAGACCUCACCGUCAAAGAAGCUGCACAAAUCAUUCUUUACGAGGGACUCUGGCACUGCGAAGAAGAUGUUGUCAGAUAUGCACUCGGAAAAGGCGCCGACGUGAAUAGUGCAAGUCUCACGCCCACGUUGCGGUUUGCCCCGGAUAUACGUGCAAAUGAACACCCCCACAGACAACGACUCAUACUCGUCCAAGCGCACAAGACCAGAGAAAUGAUUGAUGGUGUCGAAACCCCUGGCUGGUCAGGCGAAAUAUCGAAUACACUCUACGCUGCACUCCUUGGUGGCGAUGAAAAUUUGGUUAAGUUGAUAUUUGACCAUGGUUGUGAUCUUGCUCGACUGGGUCCUGAGGCCCUGAGAUACGCAAUUCUUCAGAGAGAGCGCAGACCUAUCACUAGGUUAAUGGACAUGGGCAUUACCUUCACCCCUAAGGCCCUUGGUACGGGUCUUGAAAAUGAAUCACUGGUUUGGGAACAAAUGAUGAGGAACAUCCUGAAAGAACUAGGGUUCUAG